GCCGCCGCCGCGCCACCGCGUCCGCCGCCCGCCCGCGCUCCGACAUGACCGCGCCAACGAAACUAUUCAAAGUGCUCAACAAAAAACAUAAAGGAUAAAGUUUUCAACCGCAGUACCUCUCUUUUCUGGAUUUUUUUGGACUUUACCAGCGAUGUAAAUAACAUACAACUGAUGGUGUCAGCAGCGCGCUGGGCGCUGGGCUUGGCGCUGCUGCUGGCGGGGCUGCGGCGCGGCGAGCAGCGCGGGGAGCAGCGCGUGCAGCCGUGCGCCGCCAGCUCGCUGUGCUCGUGCACGCGCGCGCACAUGUCGUGCACGGCCGUGCCGCUGCACCGGUUCCCGGAAUGGCCCUCCAUGGAGCUGGAGCACCUGGACAUCAGCAUGUCGCGGCUGCAGGUGCUGCCGGAGAGCGCGCUGGACGGCCUGCGCCUGCAGACGCUGGUGCUCGUCGCCAACCAGCUGCACCUCAUCGAGCCCCGCGCCUUCAGCUUUAUGGCCGUUACGCUCGCGUCAUUAGAUCUCGGAUACAACGAAUUCACUGAAAUACCUCAAGACGCCUUGAACGACUUAAAAGUUUUGAAUUGGUUAAAUCUCCAGAACAACAACAUCGCUUACCUCGGGCCCGAGAUCAAGUGGCACCACCUGGAGGAGACGCUGACGAGCCUGAGCCUGAGCCACAACCAGGUGUCGGUGCUGGCGCCGGGCGCGCUGCGGGCGCUGCGCCGGCUGCUGCAGCUGGACCUGGCCGGCAACCAGCUGCGCGCGCUGCCCGCCGCCGCGCUGCCGCCCUCCCUCACCCUGCUCAAGAUAUCCGACAACUUCCUCCACACCUUCCCCUGCGACCUCCUCCACAAUCUUCCACGACUUAAUGCCGUUCACAUACGAAGCAACCUCGUAACCCUCAGUAACGAGACCGCGUGCGCGACCAACAAAACCCAAAAAAUAGAAAAAGUAGACCUCAGUAAUAAUAAAAUAAACGACACCUCCAAGCUGUCCUUCCUGCAGGAGGUUCAGAUCCGGCAGAUCAUCCUCGAUCUGAACGAGCUGACGGCGGUCCCGCGCGCGCUGUUCGCCAACAACCGCGUGGAGCGGCUUUCCAUCUCGUACAACCGUCUGGUGUCAGUGAGUCGGGAGCUGUUCCUCUCGGCGCGCGGGUCGCUGGAGCAGCUGGAGCUGGAGCACAACCGGCUGGCGGCGCUGCCCGACAGCGCGGCGCGCGCCCCGCGGCUGCGCCACCUGUCGCUGGCCUACAACCGGCUGCGGGCGGCGCCUCCACUGCCGCCGCGCCUGCAGACGCUGUCCCUGGCCGGCAACUUCCUCUCCGCCGUCCCGCACACGCUGGGCGCGCUCGAGCCCGGCUCGCUGCGCUACCUCGACCUCGGAUACAAUCGCAUCUCUAAUCUAUCUCCCAACGAAUUCCGAGAUUGGUCGAGCUCCCUCGCCACUAUCAAUCUGAGGGGUAACCGGAUCGCACAGAUUUAUAAAAACGUUUUUCCCGCAAGCUUGCCAGUAAAGGAGAUUAAUUUGAGCUUUAACGAUUUGUAUUACAUUCAUCCGUUGGCUUUCUCGAAUGUAACAAGCUCUUUGCAUGUGCUGGAGUCGUCGUCGACUCUGUUCAGCGGGGUGUACCCGUUCGAGAUAGACGGCGGAUUAGACAGCUUGGAAUGGCUGUCUUUUGACAGCAACGACUUCCACAUACUUAAAAUAUCAGACCUCGUUGCAUUUCCAUUCCUAAAGUAUUUAAAUCUAGAUUAUAAUAGAAUUAUAGAUAUAGUGUCAGAUAUCGACUUCCAAAAUAUCUCACUCGGCGUUAACAACAUAAGAAUAGCGUACAACUUUAUCAGUUCGAUUCGCAUUCAGACUUUUACGAACAUGGCUGAGUUGAGAAACUUAGAUUUAUCGUAUAAUCGAAUAAAUAACCUUACGAGGCACAGUUUCACGAAGUUGCCGAACUUGAGAUAUUUAUCUCUCGCGAGCAACAUAAUCGAUUCGAUGGAAUUCGAGACUUUUGCCAAUUUACCGAGGCUUGAGUUAUUGGAGCUUCAGGGAAAUAAUAUGUCAUAUUUUUCUUUAAACUCGUUUAAUAAUGUGUCGUCGUUAGACGUAACGUUCACUGUGAACGUGAGCGCCAACCGGCUCGCGCGGCUCGAGGGCGGCCGACACAUCUCUGUAAAUAUUUUCGAUUGCUCUCACAACGAUUUACUCGAAGUGCCAAACAAUUUUUUCGUUUAUAUCGAAUCGUCUGUGCGUCAAAUAAUUUUAUCGUACAACAAAAUUGAAUAUCUAUCGGGUGACUGUUUCGGGGAGGCGUAUAAUCUGGAAAUCCUCGACAUUCAUAAGAACAAUAUAAAUUCCAUAAAAAGGAAAGCCUUUUCCGAGCUCUCUUCGCUCCAAAUACUAGACUUAUCUUAUAAUUUGAUUGCGCAACUGUCUGUUGAGCAAUUUUAUAACUUGAAGAAGUUAAGAUAUUUAAAGUUAUCUCACAAUAGCUUGCGAGUUUUGCCGAGAGACGUUUUCAAAAACACUAUAAUAGAGCACUUAGACUUGAGUCACAACGACAUCAGCCUGUUCCCGGUGACGGCGCUGUCGCAGGUCGGCUUCACUCUGCGGUACUUCGAUCUGUCCCAUAACCGGAUAGAGUACUUAGACAGUAAUAUAUUUCGUAAUACGCAGUUUUUGUUAACUCUAAAUUUGGGUCACAAUCUCCUGACGGUGUUGUCGGACAACACGUUCUCGGCACUGGCGGCGCUGCGCCGGCUCGACCUCGCCCACAACGCGAUCAAAGCUAACUUCAAGGAAUUGUUCCACAACCUCCCCAAUCUGAGACACCUCAGCCUCGCAAACUUAAGUUUAAAGUCAGUGCCUUAUUUACCUUUGACUAACUUAACGCAUCUUAAUUUAUCGUCGAAUUACAUAAACAGUUUCCAAGAAAGCGACGUCCGGUCGCUCGGGAACCUUCGCUUCUUAGAUCUAAGUCAUAAUCGUCUCACCUCCUUAGUGCCAAAAAUGUGGAGCCGACUGAGGAAUUUGAACGUUCUUGAUAUUUCGUAUAAUCCGGUCGUAAGAAUCACGCCGAAUAGUUUUCAGUGGUUGAGCAACUUAUCUCAUUUAAAUUUGAACGGCCUUAAGUACGUAGACAUAGUUGAUGAAGAUUCCUUCCGUCCCCUCUCGUCCCUGCGGUCGCUGAGCGUGCCGUGCUGGUCCGGCGUGAACCACGGCGGGUUCCGGCUGGCCAGCGUGACGUCAUCGCUGCCGGCGCUGCGGCGGCUGCUGCUGCAGUGGACCGACGCCGCGCUCACCUCGCAGCUGCACCACGUGGCCGCGCGCCAGCUGCGCUACCUCGAGAUCCGCGGCGGCAAGCUCGCCAGCAUAUCCGACGAGGCGUUCGAGGCGUUCGCCGACAACCACGAGCUGUUCGUCAAGAUUAGCGAAACAUCGCUUACGAAACUGCCAACGGAAUUCAUGAAGCAUUUAGGACAAGUUCCUCAAUUGGGGCUCGACAUAAGUUAUAAUCAACUUACGACGCUUGAUCCUGCAAUCUUCUAUCCGAACUUUACGAGUUGGAGUCACGUGGCAACUAAAUUGCUUUCAGGAGGGUUAAUCCUAACCGGCAACCCUCUCCGCUGCGAGUGCGAGCUGGCGUGGCUGGGCGCGUGGCUGCGGCGCUGGCUGCAGGAGAACGACGCCUCGGCGGAGCUGCGCCGCGAGGUGCGCGCGGCCACCUGCAAGGACCCCCAGGGCCGGCGCACCCCCCUGCUGCAGCUCAGAGCUGAUGAGGCAGAGUGCCAUGCAAGCGCAUUGUCCAGUGACGCACACUCACACUAUCGUAGUCUAGCGAUCGUGGUCUCGUGUGCCCUCGUGACGUCACUAAUCAGGUGAUCCGCGCUAUGUGUAAAUAUGAAUAGAAACCUACUGUAGAUUAUGUUGUAAUGUAAUGUAAGUAUAGUUGAAUGUAAAUAUAAAAAGUUAAUGGACUAUUCGGUGGCAAAAUCUUGUGGUAGAUUCACGAAAAAUCGUAACUGUAUUUUCCUAGUCAAUUGCAAGGUUUGUAAACUUAGUACUUACUAAAAGAACUUACGUAGGUGAUUAAUGAUAAGAGUAAUGUUUUGUAUUUAUUACGAUUUCAUUGUAGUCGCUCAGCUGGAUAAUUAAUAUUUUGUUACUGCAUACACCUACCUAAUUCAAGAAACAUAAUAAAAUCACAGUUAGUUGAAUUAAAAUUUAUUUAUGUUUUUAUACUUUUAAACAUUAUUGUGAUUAGUUUAUUUAUAAUAUUCCUUAUUGAAUUAUUUCUGCAUUCUAAACCAAAAUCAUAAAUUAAUUAUUGAUACUCAUCUUUAUAAACUCUGUAUGCAAUAAAAAUAAUAAUUACUUUAAAUGCAUUGUAAUUAAUAUAUAUAGACAGACUUAGAUAUUUUCAGCAAUUUAAGUUUAAAUU